UCAGACGCCGGGCCCCCAUGAGGCCACGGGGAACACGACGGCGCCCGGAGGGACGGCGCCGGCGCCCACGUUACACCUCCUCCUCCUCAACCCCGCAGGGAGGUCCGCAGGUUCCUAUGGGCUCCCCACAGGUGCGCCCCUCCUCGUCGGGCCCUCAGUUCGCCACCACUGCCACGGGACGCCGCCCCAGCAGCCCCUGCAGCAGUCUCCGGCCGUCGCCAUGCGUCGGGCUCGCCGUUGCACAACUGCGUAGCGCGCUCCCCUCAGACUCCCACCCAGGCCCAGACGCAGGCGGUGUCCCGGCCCGGGAACGGAUACAUGAUGAACCCCGGGCCGGGGUCAGCCAGGCGGGCACGGGUCCCGGGGCGGCGGGGGUGGCCCCGGGAGGCCAGCCCGUGGGGCCGGUGACGCCCGAGCUGUCUCCGGCGGAGCAGCUGAAGGCGAUGGCUCAGCAGCGCGCCAAGCUGCUGCAGCAGAAACAGCAGCAGCAGCAGCAGCAGGCCGCCAACUGGUCCCCGGCGGGCGCCCCCACCCCCCUACAACUCCGGACCCUUUAACCAGGACAAACCCAACAGCCCCAUGAU